AUGGGUUUGCUCGGCAUGGAGGCCAGCCAGGGCUUCUUUAUGAAGUUCAUGGCUGUCCUGUUCUUCAUCAUGACGUUCGGGCAGAUCGGUCAGCUCGCCUACUGCUGGCUCAUGACUGGGGGUUUGCUAUGGGCCUUCCUGUCAACUUUCGGCUUCGAACAAGAUGACAUCAUUGCAAUCCUGGCUGCGUUGGCCGGGCUGCGCGCUGUGCCUUACUUGUACAAGCGACUCCUGACCCUGGUGGCCACCUAUCCCUUGUCCCUGACCUUCAAGUUCGCCUCCCAGAUUUUGCCCAAGUACACCAUCGAGGAGGCGGAGUUCUUCACCUGUGAUGGUGCCUCGCCCGAGGUGGCAGAGCGAAGGAAGAACUCCAUCAAGGAGCUCAGUGAGAAAUGGAAGAAGAAGUACCCCAAGUGCCAAGAGUUCUCCGUGGAGUUGAAGAAGAUGAUCUCAGACCUUCGCUUCACUUCUGCUAGGUGCUUCCCGGCCUUCAACGGCGUGGUCCAGAAAUACCUGGAUCCUUCGAUGGCCCUGGAUCGCACCGAGGGCGUCGAUGUGGUCGACCUCGAUCAAAACAGUGCCAUGGACAUCUCCGGAUCCUAUGGUGUCAAUGUCUGCGGCUAUGAGAAAUACAAGGACUUCAUCGAGGAAGGAUGGUCCAGCGCCAAGAAGCAGGGCCUUUUCCUGGGCUCGCUGGACAAUAUCGUUCUGGACAACAUCGCACGUUUGCGUAAGGUUUCUGGCCAGGAUGAGGUGUCCUUCCACAUGUCUGGCACAGAGGCAGUGAUGUGCGCCGUGCGUGUGGCACGCUUCAACACCAAGAAGCCACUGGUCGUAACCUUCGGUGGUGCUUACCAUGGGUGGUGGGACGGAAUGCAACCUGUGGCCGGCAAUGAGCGGUUGCCACAGGACGUGCUUUGCUUGAAGGAUAUGAACAACCUGUCCUUGCAGGUGAUUCAACUUCGUAGCAGCGAGAUCGCCGCGGUCCUGGUGAAUCCCCUUCAAUGCUUCCAUCUCAACCAGUCUCCACCUGGCGAUGCUGUCUUGUCCACCAACAAUCGCAAAGUGGGUCCUACGCCAGGAUACAAAGAGUGGCUCCACAAGUUGAAGGAGACCUGCACCAAAGCAGGCGUUUGCCUGAUCUUCGACGAGGUUUACACGGGCUUUCGCCUUCAUCCUCGAGGAGCACAGGGUGCCUAUGACGUGAAGGCUGACAUCGUUUGCUACGGGAAGACCCUCGGUGGCGGGCUUCCUAUUGGCGUGGUGUGCGGUCCCAAGGAGCUUAUGGCCCGUGGAGACGCGAAAAAGGCAGCACGGAUCAACUACGUCAUCGGAACUUUCGCAGGCCACCCCUUCGUGAUGGCCUGCAUGAAUGCCUUUCUGAAGUGGCUGGAGGAGCCGGCUACCGUGAAGUCCUAUGACGAGAUGCACGCCAACAUCGAUGCUUUCAUCAAGGCUGCGAACAAAAAGUUCGAGGAGAAGGGGUACCCGGUCCAGCUCACCAACUGGUUCUCCGUCUGGUCCAUCCUUUACACGAAGCCGGGCCGCUACCACUGGAUUUUCCAGUACUUCCUCAAGGAUGCCGGGGUGAACCUGAGCUGGGUGGGCACCGGUCGUCUACUCUUCUCCCUUGAGUGGAAGAAGGCAGACUUCGACCGUUUGCUGGACCGGCUCUUGGCGGCUUGCGAGCUGAUGCAGAAGGGUGGCUGGUGGGAGGAGCCCAAAGCCAAUAUCAAGGCAAAGCUGGGCGUGGAGAUCGGCACCGCAGUGUUCAAGAACGUCCUCGGGUUGUCCGGUUGA